GUUUAACUGUGUAUUUGUGGCGUUUGUGAGAGAGAAUCGGGCAAAAGUUUGACGAAAGCGAGGCACACACGCUCAGUCUUACUCAGUAGCCCUUCAGUCUGGUCGAUUGAAAAAUACUUCAUUUUCAAUAAGAACGCACAUACAAUUCUAUUUCAUAUCGAGACAAGCACACACUGCUGAUUCUGUGCAUUCCAAUUGAACUGAAACCAAACAAAAAAGGAAGGAAGGAAAGAAACAAGCCCAGAAUGAAAAAAAAUGGAAUAAAGACAAAAAUCAAUUUUUAGAAACUUUGUAAUCAUCAAGAAGAACAAGAGCAAAGAAAAAGAAAUACAAAUCAAAUGUGAAGAGAGAGAAUCAGAUGGAAAAAGUGGUGCAUGGAAAAAAGUCACAGUGAAUUUUGUUUGAUAAUAAUUUUCGGUGGCACAAAUGAAUAAGGAAUAAAACGACGACGACGAACGUAAAGAAACAGAACCAAAAAACAAACACAACAACUAAAUAAAAAGGAAGGCAUGAUUACGAAAAGGCUGCUGCUCCCAUUUCCCAAUUAUUUUUCUUGCAUACGAUUUCUGUAUUUGUUCUCUCGCUAAAAUAUAUGACAUGUACAUUAUUUUGUCCUCUUUCAUCGUGUUGGCUGGUGUAGUUGGUGUUGCUGCUGGUUUGCCUUGUCUCUAAUAAAUUACAAUUUAACGGUACGGAUAAUAUUUCGCAACGAUUUGUUUCGUUCAUUUCGUUCGUUUUUUACGUUUCAUCGUUGAGAAACACUGAGUAUUAUACAUUUGUGCGGUGGCCCCGUGCUGGUGCUAUAGGUGUGUGUGUGUAUAUUGUUUGUGACUAUUAUUUCGCUUCAUAUUAUCAACCCUGCUUUAUAUGUGUAAGAGCUUCAGAAAGUGAAACAAAAGUUUAAAAAAAGACACUUUUUCUGGUGCUGUGCUUAUUGCUUAAAAAGGAUAAUAUUUUCGUGUUGGCAUAAAGUAAAAUACUCUCAACAUACACCUCUAAAUAGAUACGUAUCAAAAGUGAGCGAAAAUUUUGGACGAACGAAAAAAAAGUAGCAGCAGCGGAUUCAUUUACAUUUGAAAAUCAGUUCACGUAGUUUUUAUUCUAGUUCGUUCGCCUUGCAUGCCCAUCGUAAUCCAUAUUAAUAAAUAAAUUAGCAUUUGUGAAUGCGUUGAUGUUCCAACGACUCGGGCGACAAUCGGCUAUCCACAAAAUGAGCACAUAAAAACAUAAACCUUUUGGAUUUGUUUAUCGCAGUAAAAACGUGCACCAUCCGAAGAUUAGCUGCUUCGCACCACCAUCGAGUCGAGGAAAAGUGAAAACGAAGAAAAAGCGUGUCUGCCUGCAGUGUGACAGAAGGUGAAGAUCGCUGAAAAAAGUAGUCGAAAACAAAAGGCAAAAAAAGUUCUUUUGAUUAUUAUUGCUUAUAAGAAACGGCGGAAUAUGGACCAGCAUGAAAAAUGGCUAGAAAAACAGAAAAUUGCGCUCUCACAUGUUUUUGCUAUUGAAACAUGAGACGUACUAGAGACAAAGAUCAUUCAAACAUAAACCGAAGUGCGUGCAAAGUGUUUUUGUGUAUAGAAAAUAGAAAAUCACGUAAAAAUUGCAGAACCGAACAAAAAAAAAUGUAGUGUACGCAACACAAAUUCAAGUGUGCUUCAAGUUUUUUUCAGUCAGCGACGCGUUGUGUUUUACGUGUGUGAGUGUGUUGUUGCUGUGUACUCUAGUCAUCAGCAAUAGUCUGUAAGCCGAUGCAAGGUAGCAGGUUUUCAUCAUUCAUCCCUUCGCUUACAAUCAUGCAACCAGCCCGUUGUUCGUAGCCCGUUGAACUAUAGCGAUAGCCUGGCAGGCAUCAGCAACCAACCAGAACACAUCGAACAACAACACAAAAGUCACUUAACAAAAAGAUACAAAACGUGGGCUCGCACGACGACGACGGCGGCGAAAUCGAAACGUCGGAUAAAAUCAAGCUACUUCGUUCACUGACGCAGCAUAAUAAACAUACAAAACAAAUAAAGUAAGGCAAUCAAGAGAAAAAGAAGAAGUUGAGCGAGAUAGAGAGGGAGAGAGAGCGAAAAUAAAAACCCUAAACGAACCGACCAAAUUAUUUCGGUAGCAUUAAAAUUGUAUAACCAAAUGAUAAAUUAUGUGAGACGCGCACAUUCAUAAACAUUUUCCCAUUUGAAGCUGAAAUAAAUGGACGUUUUCCGUCGAGUGCUUUAAGCAAAGGAGGAGGUCUCUGCAAAGGGAAAAAAACCAUCAACAGAUUUUCUUUCUUCAUGUGGAUAUAUGUGCGAUUGUGCGUACGUACGUAUUUUGUUGUGUGUAUCGUGUGCUAAAAACCAUCGUCAAGUUACAAUAUAUAAAUCUCUGUGCGACGCCACUAGUGCUGGAGUUAAAUUGUCAUGGGCAAUCAUCCAGAACUUGAUGUGGGAAACUAACGAAAAAAUAUAACCCACACUCACACACACACACACACACACACACACACACACACAUCGCAUAGGGAGAGGGAGAGAAACGCAGAAAAAAUAAAAUAAAGGCACAUCGGAUAAUAAUGGCCAACGAAGGGAAAAAGAACCGAAAUAUUCAUUCAAACAACGAACGAAUUUUCAUGAGGUUCAAGAUUCGUUCGUUGUGAACUAACCAACAGAAGAACAGAGAAUAAAAAGCACAGCACAAGCAAACGGCACACCGACUCUUUGUAUAUUUCCCUGUUGGCAAAUCGACGUUUGGUCGCGCGCGUUUAACCAUCUAUCAAUCGCAUAAUAUAACAAGACUAUAUGCAUAAGUUUACGUCGUGUGAGCGUAAUUCCGACGAUUUUGUGUUUUUUUUUCUCUCGUCUUGUCGUUGUUGUUGUUCUUUUUUUGGGUCAAGUGAAUUUUAUAUCUCAAUUUACGGCCAAGAUUGAAAUGCUGGAACAAGACUUCAAAUCGAUGUAAUUUGUUGAGCGUAUUGCUCUUCCACUCAAUUUGAUUGGUGAUUUUGACCCAUUUUUUCCCCGUGUAUGUUUAUGUAUAUGAUACCAACGAACUGAACACACAGCAAAGACGAUAAAGCCGCAAAAAAACCCACCACCAUCAACAAAAACUAUAACAGAACAACAACAAAGUCAAGUCACUCAACCAACGACGACGACGACGACGACGACAGCAGCAACGGCAGAUUGUGCAUCUGAUGGCGUGCACUUUUGAAAAAAGGCGAUAGAAUUUUUAAAAAGGUUACGUUUUAUCCGCAUACAGAAAAUACAUGUGUAUGCCGUAAGCGGUAUAUUUCCUCUUUUUCCCGUGUGUGUGCGCGCAAAAACGAACGAACGAAUCAACGUUGAGAGCAAGAAAGGGAGAGAGAGAGAGAGAGAGAAACUAUGUCAUAGUGAUUAAAUUGUGCAUAUAUAAUUGGAUAAACAAUCGAAUAAGUGAGCUGAGAAUAGUGCAGAGAGUGUAUUGAGUAACAGAGCGAAUAUUGUAUCCAGGAGCAGCAGAACAGGCGGUGACGACAACUGCAACAACGGCAACGGUGGUAGCUGUUUCAUUCGGAACACUGUCGAUUUCGUUAUUUUCCAACGGUAUCAACUCGAAUGAUCUCUAACAUAUGUACAAACAUGCCAUCAACUCCAAAUGGAUAUAUCGCAAAGUGAUGAAGGUGACACCAUAAAAAGUACCCUCUUUAUGAUGUAAACGCAAUUAUUUUACGAUAAUGGAAAAUUGCUAAAAUUUCUUCGAAAAACGUGCACGGAAAGUGUAAGCAGUUAAGAAAACAUAUAUUCACCCAUACACACAUACACGCAACUUUCUGUCUCGGCAAACAGCUCUCCAAAAUGUGAACGACGACGAAGACAACAACACCAUCACGAUAUAUCAUAUAGGGAUAAAUAAGUGCAGUAAACGUAUUACACACACACACACGUGACACGUAAUAUAACGAAAAGAACGAGACCACUGAAAUCUUUUCUUUUCCAAAAAUGGCUGACGAGCCGGUCUUACAACAACAGACAUUCAAAGAGAAACUGUUAUUCUAUAUAACAGCAUUCUUCGUUCUUCUAGGCACAUUUAGUUUGUUCGCAUUUCUCUUCCUCGUACCAUUUGUGAUUGAACCAGCCUUCACUACCAUAUUCAUGGAGUUUGAUGAAAAUCCUGCCGAAUGCGUUACGGCCGAGGUGGAGCAUUUUAAAGGUGCAUCGAAUUGCUCGUGGACAUCGUGCCGUGAAGGUUGCACCAAAGAGGUGUACGAAUGCACGCAAAUCCGUGUCAAUUACAAAGUAUUCGAUUCCAUUGUAUUCGACAAUGAUACAAUGAGCGAAGACGAUGAAGUUGCCGUCGUGGAAUUGGACACGGGUCAACCAGCAUCGGUUGCGGCAGCAUUAACGCAAUUCGCCAGUGAUAGUACACAAUCGAAGCAGCGGCAGCAGCAUGCUGAUGAUCGCAUUGAACGGGCAAUUCGUGAAUAUGAAUAUGUCGAUAGCUAUGAUCAUUUGCAUCGUGAAUCGUACAAGAGUGCCGAUGGUUUAGAAUUUAUGGAGUAUCCCGAAGUGCAAGAUUUGCCUGGCCAAACGGAUAAUACGUCGGAAUGGUAUUUCACCGGCGCCCGAUUAUUCCCAAAUGUUAAAGGAUGUGGCUAUCCACCGAUUCUCAACUGUAGUAUAUGGACGAAAAAAUUUAUAAAGAUCGGAACGAAUUUCUCGUGUUAUUAUUCACGUGUCGAUCCGGGUCUUGUAAUUAGUGAUUUAGAUUUGAGACGAAAUAUGCUCAAUUUAAUUUAUGCCAUGUUUAUACCGAUACCCUGUUUUAUCGUGUCGGUCAUCUAUUUGACAUUUGCUUAUUUCAAAAUUUAUAAUGAAGAUGAAGAGGCGGCGCCUCUUGGUCAAAAUGCGGAAAAAAUUGCGGGCGAAGAUGAGGUGGCGGCGGACACCGACCAGGUUGAUGUUAUCGUACCAAACGGAACGGCUACGAUAUCAGUUGCUUCGGUACCAGUGACACCGACAUCGAAUGAUGUGGCUUCGUUUGGCCAUCAGCUCAAAGUGAAAAUGGCCGAUGAAAUGAGUCGCGAAAGCUUAGACGGAGGUUUCAUUUCGAAUUCAGGUUCAAUACAAGGAAAUUUAAGUAAAACGAUGACAACUAGUAUUUCAACACCACCCGGACCAACCGCCGCUGUCUAAUAGCUCGAAUGUGAUUUUAGGCACUUUGUUUUUUUUUUUUAAUUUUAUUUCAUCUUUAAGUAAUUUAUAAAAGCGCAAACUGAUGACGUUUAUUUAGUUUGAAUGGAAUGUGCGCCAAAUACAAGCCCCAUUUCAACAAACACGACACUUUGAAGAAGUCACCACACCAUUUCAUGGACGACCGAACUGCUAUUCAACCGCAAGAUGCAAUUAUCCUUUCACUACACAACAAUUCAUUACAACACUAUUUGUACAAUCGAGAAUUCGAAUUCGCUAUACACAAACUCACAUACACAUGAGCUAGCUGGCACGAUGACAGCCGGAAUAAAUCACAAUACACAAAGUAUCACUAAGGCUGCCAACUCUACUGAUUUUUUCAGUAGACUAAUAAAAUUCGUAAAAAAAAUUCGUGUGUCGGAAGCAAAUUCUUGUUUACACAUAUGGAAAGAGGAAGUCCCAAGGAUGUUUUCUAUCUGAUCAGAUUUCCCGGAAAAGUCACUGGAGCCAAAAUAUGGCCUCAUAUAUAAAAUUAGGGUCAUUUUCAGUACAUUUUAUUUUUACAAAAUCUUCCAUAUUUCCCGAGUUUUCCAAGAUUUUCCAACCAUUUUCAUUUUAUGAAUGUACGAUCGUAUGCUGAAAACGAAUUCAAGAAAAUUUCCCGGAAAAUUGCAAAUCCUGGAAAAUUUUCCGAAAUUGAACUUAUCGCUAUAAAAGGAAAAUGGAAAAUCGGAGAAAAUUAUGAGAAGUCCCAUUCGAUCGGGCGGAAAAUUUCAUGGGGAUGGUAGCCGAAGGCCGAGAUUUGGGGCCUAAAUCCAGCCGUUUCCGAGAUAUUGCGAAAAAACUGGCUUUGGUACUGAAUUUUUCAGUAUUUUUUAGAAAAUAGUUGGCAGCCUUAAGUAUCACCAUAACAAAGAAAUAGAAAAUGAAACGAAACUAGCAAAUUUACGAAAUGUUCAAAAUGAAAAUGAUAUUUCUAUAUGACACCAACAACAACAAGAAUCCCGAUAAGUUCAAGCAAAAACACAAAAAAUAUCUGUUAGAUUUCGAAUGAUAGACUGCAUACGUUCAGAAUAGACGUUCCGAAUAGAAAGUCGUCUUCGAAACAAUGUGUCGUCGGUUGUCAAUUCAUUGACGGACGACAAUUACUCAGAUUUUAUCAAUGGACAAUUACCGUUUCAAUUUUAUUCCAGUAAAUCGAUAUGUGUUUGUUUUUCAAGAGAGUUAAAUGCUGAUAAGAAAAUAACAAACAGAUAUUUCCAUUCAUUUUUCGCCGAGUUUUAGUAGUUUUUAAGAAUGCUUUAAAAAAGGAUUAAAGUCGGUCUCCCGCGACGGCUAUUGAUUUAUUGACCAAAACAAGAGGAACGAAUCGAAUGGACGAAACUCCGUUUUACCGGGAAUUGCCAUGCAAUGGAAGCUAAUGUCAUAAAAAUACACUGUAUUCUUAUUAUAUUCGUUUAUUGCCUUCAUUCUUGUCAGUGAACAAAACGCUUAAUUACCUCAAAACGAAGCUAAAUGCAAAAUGAUUGCUAUUUUCUUGUUUAAAUAUUCGAACAAAGGAGUUUGGACAGCAUAAGGAACGGGUCGACCGAACGACCAACAUACUAUAGAAAAAUCGUGGAAAAAAUCCCAUUUGCACCGUUGGGAUGCGAAAAACAUUUUUCGCUGUCCAAACAUUUCCGAAUUCAUUUACGGCACAACUUUCUGAUUGGCAGUUCUUAUGAAAUUCAUUUCAUAACGACCGAAAAUCCAACACACACACACACACAAGUUUGAUUCAUGAACGAAGUUUCAAUAUGCAAAAACCAACAUUUAUUUUUCUUCUUCUCUCUUUUUCUCUCACUCGAUUUAAAUGUUAUUCCAAGAGCGCAAAAAUUAUUUCCACCGAACACAUGAAAAAGAGUUGAAAGAGCAAAAGGAAAAGAGCGAAAAUUUAUGUUGUUGCAAUUUAAACUGUAUUCACCAUGGGCUAGAAAUUAAUUUUAAUUGAAAUGCUUCACAAGUACCUACAAUUAACGCGCGUGUGACGUCAUAUUUUCUGCUAUUGUUCUAGUUCCCAAUGAAUAUUUAUAGAUGAAAAAGAAGAACCGUUAAAAAAACCAAAAUCGUGUAUUGAAAUGCGAGACCAGAGCUGUAGAAAAAAAGUUGUUGAAUUGCAUCUCGUUUCGAGAGUGAGGUUGUAUUAUUAUGCGCGCAUUUGAGCAAAUCGUUCUAGAAAUGCUUUCAUUUGUUAAUCGUGGCUAUAUGGAGCUUUCGCCAUUUGACAAAAACAAAUAUUUUUGUUUUCUAUUUGUACAUAAACUUUAAGCGUAUAACAUAUAGAGCUAAGGCAAAAUUUCAAACCAAAUGAAAUAAUCUAUUAAAUAUGUUAUACGGGCGAUAUGUUUUUAAGUCUUUUCGUUUCGACAUGUUUUUGCGCGAUUUUAUCGACUUUACAAGUACAAUUGACAAUUCAUAACAAAAGAUGAAAAUUUUUAUUAUAUUUAACCUUACGUAGCGUAAAAUUAAACACAACUAAAAAAAGUUCUAAGAUAUUUUUGGUCCUCGCAUAAUGUUUAAUCGUGAAGAAAAAGUGAAACAAUAUUUUUCAAAUGAAUUUUUCUCUAUUCUAUUGUUGUUUUUUCGAACUAUUUUAGUGGAUAUUUUUUCAAAAUACUUUGGGUAAUUUUCAUUGGACUUUUUUUUCGUUCGUUUUGAGAUAUGGAGAUGAAAGUGCAGAGCAUUACGCUUUUAGCGAUCUGUGCUUGGAAACAGAAAAAAUGUAAAGAAAAGUUGUCUAAAUUUAAUCGAAACGGAGAGAUAUUCUGUUUUGCUUGAAACUCAAACUGACCCCAAAACAAUCACUUAAUCUCAAGAGAGAAACUAAGGAAAAAUACUUGAAAAAAAAGACAAUCCAUUGUAAAAUAUAAACAAUGGAAAACCAAUUAAUUAUUAUAUAUAGGAAUGUGCAUUUUUCCCGUUAUUUCCGUUUGCCUUACACAGUAUGCACAUUGCACAGUCUGCAAUUUUUGCUGAUGCUGCGAAUCGUUUUACGGAUUCACAGCAACGCGUGAAACGUGCGGGUUGUGCAAGGUCAGCGGAAUGAACAUUAAAUAUAUUGUGCUCUUUGACACACACACACACACACACACACACACUAACUCACCUCUAGUGUAUAGAAAAAGCGUAAAGAAAGGAAAAUAGGGACUAUUGCCUGUGAUUUAGUCUGUCCUAGGAAACGAAGGAAAUGAUUGAAGUUUAUGUGUAACUCGUAGUGAAAAACUAUAUAUGAAUUGGUUGCAAUUGAACGAGAGCGAAAGAGGAAAAUUGCGAAACCCGCGCAUAUUCGAUUGACGUCACAAAUUGUGUACAAUUUGUUGUCCCAAAACCUUGUUGAUUUUUUCGUUUUGCCACACAUCCAAAGACUUGAAACCUUUCGAAUCAGAUAAGCAAUAAUCCCAGACAUAUUUCAUGCCCGAUCAAAGAAGAUAAAGACACUUAUCGAAAUUGAUCGAAAUCAAUUAAAAACUAAACGACUUGGUUCAUUUGCAUAUCAUACCGCAUUAGAUCCCUUAAAACAUCAUUACAUUUGUUACUUCGGUUUUCAUUUUGAUGUGCAAUAUUAGUUAAAACUGCUCAGUACAAACAAGUUUAGAAAGAAAAUAACCGGAUCAGUAGCCUACAUUCUAUGUAGUGCUUAGAAGAAGAAGAAGAAGAAGAAGAAGAAGAAGAGAGGUCACGAAUAUCACGUCCCUGGGUGAUGUUUCGAAAGAAUGAGUUUUUUUUUCAAUGUCAAAUGCAUUCAAGUUAAGUUACCCUGGCCAAUCAGCCAUUUACUGAGUAUAAACGGUGAACGUAAGAUGUAUCCUUUCCUUCAUAGUGUUUGUGGGCAAACAUUACUAUUAACCACAAGCAGCACUUUGCAGACAAAAAAACCAAGCACAAAAUUGCAAUUAGGAUUCGACAAAGCAACCAACGAAACAAAACAAGAGUUAAAAUAUGAGUGAAGAUGAUAAUGAACAAAAAUAAAUAAAUAGUAAAA